AUUCGGACGCAUCCACAGUCAGCCAGAGCGCAGAACGAACGCAGAAAGCAGAAGGAAGAAAAGAUUUUUCAAAAAGUUUGUUUUCGACAUUCCUCCGCACAGGCAAAAGAGAAGCUCUGGUUUUUUAAUCCGUCGUGCGUGCGUGCGCUAAAGCCAGAUCCCAAUCCGCGAGUGUUUGUGAAUCGAGAGGAGUGACCGGGUCCGUACAAUGCAACCCGAAUCCAGGGAACAUCUUCCAGUCUUUCUGUAGAAGCAGCAGCUGCCUUUCGUUUGGUGUGGUGUCUUAUAUUAACAAACUACAUUUACCACUGCAUACAGGCAAAAGUUCAAGCAACUAAAAACGUCGUCACACCUAUUCUCUUUGAAUGCAUUUUUAUGUUUCGUUUUGUGUCCUGUUAAAAGUGAAGUUUUACAUAAAGUUUUCAGUAAGACGGAGUUCAAAAGCUCAAGAAGUGUCCUAUCAUUAUAUGGAAAAGUGAAGAAAGUGGAUCCGCCUCCAGAGAAAGAAUUUGCUUUAGUUUCCUAUGCGGUCACAAUUUAAUGGUGAUAAAGAAAAGCAUAAAAUUUAUUUAUUAAUAUGUUCGUAAAAUAAUUGGAAUACGCGAGUUUCAUAGGAAAAUGUGACAUAUACCCAAAUCAACCAACAAGGAUAACGAAGAUUCUAAAGUGAUAACUGUGAAGAUCGUGUAGCGUUAAGUGUUAAACAGAAGCUAAAAAAAACCCAGGGAUGAUAUGUGGUGAAGCCUUUGCAUACGAAAUAUGACUCAGUGCGUUAAGUUGAGAAGAAGCAUUUGGUGCAAAGCCAGAGUGAACGACGCGAGUGAGAAAAUCGAAUAACAACAACCAACACAAAUUACGUCAACGAAGCCAAAAGAUGCGUGUGAUCAAUUUAACCGUCUAACGAUUAAGAAAAAGUAAACAACGCUCUUUCCGUGGGUCCUGAUCCGGGAAGAAGAGAACCGAACAAAAUCCAAACGAAAAAAUCGGUUGCUGCAAGCACCGGUGACUUCAGCAAGCACAUACCUAUCUAUUACUUAAGCCGGUUGGGCGGUGUGUGACGAAAGGGAACGCAUCAUCAGCAGAAGCAACAAUGCCACGCAACGGUGAAGCUUCCGGCUUGGAUAAGGGUUUCAGCAGCAAACCGACACCGGACUGGCUACAUCCGGAUCACGUUAUAAUGAACGAAGGUGUCACGUUCGAUGUGCGGUACAUAGGAUGUUUAGAGAUCAAAGCUUCAAUGAAAACACUAGAUUUCACCACGCGAUCCCAAGUAGCGAAAGAGUGCAUAAACCGGGUAUGUGAAGCGGCUAGUUUAAAAUCCUCAAAGAAGCGGCGUGUCGACAAACGGGUAUUGCAGUGCAUAGCGGACACACCGAACAUGCAAAACUCCGGUACCAACGUAACAUUGACUGUGUCUAGUAAAUACCUCUCGCUAGUUAGUGUAGAUACGGCGAUCCACUGUCUAGUCGCCCAGCACGAUAUGCCCCGAAUAUCUUUCGCCUCCGGCGGUGAUACGGACACGCUGGACUUUGUAGCAUACGUAGCGAAGGACACGUCGGAGUGGCGGGCGUGUUACGUACUGGAGUGUGGAGGUGGAGUUGCGCAGGACCUGAUAGCCACAAUCGGUCAAGCUUUCGAACUGCGGUACAAAGAGUUCUUCAACAAACCGGAAACGCAGAACAAAUUUCGGGAGUUUGUAAAAACCGACAAAGAGUACUAUAACGAUCUACCGGACAAGAUGCCUCCUGAUUUACUGACAGAAAACGACCAUUCCUCGCAGUCGCACAGUUCUUCCAGUGUCAGAACGCGAGAAAGGAUAUCGAGUAACUUAAUAGAUCUGAAUACACCCCUUCCAAAUCACGAUUACGUGAACGACAAACAUUCUAAUACCAAUUCGCACAGCAAUAAGUCGGUAUCUUCCAGUUCGAUUGUGAAAGAUGUUUUUGAUAUGCAACCGUUUACAAUCUCAUCAGAAAUCCAGAAAUCUCAACUACUGACUGAAUCGUGGUACCACGGCAACAUCAGUCGGGCGCAAAGCGAGCAUCUCCUGAAGAACGAUGGGGACUUUUUGGUGCGGGAAUCGGCCGGCACGCCCGGUCAAUAUGUUCUGACGGGAAUGCAGAACAAUCUACCUAAGCAUCUGUUGCUCAUCGAUCCGGAAGGGAUAGUACGAACCAAAGAUCGAAUCUUCGAAAGCAUAAGCCAUCUGAUCAACUACCACUGGACGAACUCGCUGCCGAUUAUUUCCGCCGAAAGUGCCCUCCUCUUGAGGCAUCCGAUUCUGCGAACGACGGACCUUCUGUCGAAGGCGAAACAACAACAGCAAGCUCAACAGCAGCAACAUUUGGAGCUCAACUGAGGGUGCGAGUGCCAGUGCUGUUCUCACGGGGGUCAAUCUCCGGAGCGCAGCACGCUACUGGAUCAACAUCAGCAACAGGCCUGCUGCAGCAGCAGUAGUGGUGGCAGUUACAAAAAAGGGAAAAAGUAAACCACUGUAGGAAAACUAUGUAUAAAACACAAACUCAAAGAACUGUAAAAUGAAAACUCUAUAGAUCCUAUAUUUUCUUUUCACUUAUACUACUAUCGUAUCGAUCAAAUGAAACAAGGGAAUAAGGAAAGCAACUUCUAAAGUUAUUUAUGAUCUGAUACUGGUGUAGAGUAUGAUUCUGGCGGGAGAGUGAAAAUGUUUGGCAUGAAACGUGAAAAACCAAGAGAUUAACAAAAGAUUAUCUAUAAAUACAAAUAUAUUCAACCGCAAGCAGGUGCAUGAAAUCAGAAAAAUUAAAAUUACUAGGAGUUAGUAGAUUUCUUCUAUGACGAACAAAAAAUAAGCAUACAACUACUAUUACCAGAGGUAAAAAAGAACAAACAAAAUAUAAUAAUUAUAUAUUGUUAUCAAUUCCAGUGCUGUUGGUUGAUAAAAUAACAAAAAAAAAACUACAAAGAGGACAUAUGAAUUCCAACUGGGUAACAGUAUUUAUUUUUUCGAUUGUCAUAUUUUACUACAACCGGGCAGCGGCCGUUUUGAACAACGCUAACGACAACACAAAUCGUGGUUAUCCCGGUUUGUACAACGUCGUUUGACAUAAAACAAUUUCGAAAAAAAAACGUUUCAAAAGCUAUCAGUUGCUUUGUAUCAAUCAUAUUUGCCAUACAUACGAAAAUAAUUAGAUUUGAUAUUUUAAAUGUACUGAAAUAAAUUCCAAUCGGGGAUCAACACAGCGGCUUAGGGACAAUAGGUCGAAAGACAAAACGCCGAAAAGAAUUGACCAGAACACGAAAAUUGUUUGCUUCGGUGAAAACUAUCAAAACAAACAAACAAUUUUCUCCGUUUCGACGUUUUUUCUAUUCGACCUCUUGUAUUUUGACCUUCAAUCCUUUCAACCUUUUGUCAUAGAUUCCUAUUUCUCGUCUUAUUAUUGGCUUUCUUUUGACAUAAGGUCCUAUAGUGUUAGCAUAGCCCCAGUGUAUUAGCGUUUCUAGAGCUAAACUUCAGACUUCAAGCUAGAAAUAACAGCUUGACACAUGUUGUUUUUGAUUUGGUUUUUGUAUAUUGACUUGAACUGCCAUAAAUGAAUCGUCUAUCUCUAAAUCUGUGAUUGUUUUUAUUUCAAAUAAUUUUAUGUCAAACUACAUUGAACGGAACGGGCACAACUAUGCAAAAUUACAUAAAUAUAUAUACUUACAGUCCAAAUAAACAAAUUACAUACGGACGAAAAAACGCAAAAAUACCUUCUUAGAUUCCAUACAGUUACAAAACAAUAAGCAAGGACAACAAACAAUUACAUUCAACUAUCCAACUCGAAUGAGGUUGCAUUUUUUUACUUUAGCACAAACUCUUUUCCUGUGAGUACGAUUAACAAAAAGAGCGCAAGAUUUUUGACGUAACUAAAUUGUGACUGUGGUUUCGACUUGAAUGCAUAAAUGCGAGAAUCAUAACGAAUGCGGACAUGUGGCGAUGAAUCUGGUAUUCAAGGCAGUGAACUAGUAUGACUGAUGUGCGCGAGAAAGUUUAUUUAUCCGUCAAAGUGCUAAUAAAACAUGUACAGAAACAAUAGCAAAUGAAGGACUAAACGAACAAAACAAACUGUUUCCAAUUCAAGAUUCAACCAUUCAUUAUUAUUACCAACGUAUUAUUUGAUAAACAAAAUGGAUAUCUUUGCACGUUACCAGAUGUAAUGGCAAAAUGCAAAACCUAAAUGAGAUGCAACAUUUAUCAAGUUACUAUAUGAAACAGGAAAGCAAACAAAUGCUUGAAAUAAAUAUUUAAAACACAGUUUAACUUUA